AUGCAAUAUUAAUUUGAUUACAUGAAAACGCUUAUAUGGCGCUGAGAUCACAUAUGUAUCUAUAAAUGAAUCUGCGCAUGCGUAAUAUAAAUGGAAAAUGUCAAACAAGUCGAGUGUUGAUCUUGACAUGUCUCUAUACCUUUCUUGUGUAGCCGUAUACGUUAAUUUUCACAUAAAAAGAUUAAUUAGAAAUUAUUAAUUAUCGAGAAGAAUUUGUUCUCGUUCGACAUUUACAAGUGGAUUUCAAUACGGUUAUUAUCGUUAAUCGUAAUUAUCAUUCCUCAUUAAACAUAUAUAAAAGUUAUUAUCACAGAUAACUCGGAAAUAUGUAACUUUAAAAAAAUAAUACUUUGAUAUUUCUAUUGAGAAAGAAGAUUAUAAAAAUAUUUUUAUUUAUGUAAAACGAGAUGUGUAUGAAAUAAUGAUUUCAUAUAUUUUCUUUGAUUAUUUGCAACAAGGUUUUUUAAAAACAAAGGAUUUAUUUAUUUUAUAAUUAUGUCUUAAAAGAUUAUAUCAUACCAAAGUAAACAUGGUACGAGUUAUAACAGUACAUAAUUUUUUGGGACAGAAUGUUACCCAAAUUGAAGAACCAACUGCAACAUGUGUUGCAAAUACUAAUGGACGAGAAAUGUUAUUGUUAGCUCUUUCGACACAUUGUGUUGAAGUAUGGGAGUUAAUGCCAUCUGAUAUAAAAUUGCAUACAAUAUUUCCAACUGUUGAUAUGAUUAAUCAAAUAUUACAUUGUUCUAAAGGAGAUUAUGUUGUGACAUUAGAAUCAAAAUAUUCUAGGGACAAUAUAAGUAAUAACCAUGGGAACAAAGUUACUAAUAAUUUUGUAAGAAUAUAUGUAAAUUGGGCGGUAGUAAAAGAUCAAAGUCAGCCGAUGCGAGCUAGAAUUGCAGGUCGUGUAACUCCAAGUUUAAAUCGACCAUUGAAUAGUUUGGAAAUGAUAGAAUUGCCUUUGAGCGUGCAACCAACAUUAAUAGCUUGUUGUCAAAGUACUGGAAAUUUAUUAAUUGCUUCAGGAAAUACUGCUAUACUUCACGAAUAUAAAGUUGAAACACAACAAUUAUCUAAAUUAAAAUUUAUAGAUUUUGAAGCAAGGCCUUGGUCCUUAGGAUUCUCAUUUUCACCUAUGCAUAUGGAAAUAGCGGAAGAUUUUAUAAUUAUUAUGAAUAGUACUAAUUUAUGUGUUUUUCGAUUAACCAAUUCUAUGUAUGAAGAUAUAGAUCAACUUAGCUCGUUAACAUCUACAAACGAAUCAUCAAUUGACAAAACUUCAAUAUCUAAUGACUCGUCACUUGUUGAUAAUAAUCAUACAUCUAGUAAUCAGGACCAAGAAACAAUUGCUCAAGCAACAAAUUUAAAGCAUAAAACUUCAGAACCGCAUCUUAUGCUAGAAAAUAAUGAUGCAUCAAGUAUGAAGAGUAAAAACAAAAAGAACAUGACGUCAAAGAUAAAUGCAUGGUGCAAAUCAGAAACAACAGAUAUCAAGAAAAUAAAAUCAAAAAAAAAUAAUGAACUUAUCGACUGGGAUCAUUUGAUAUAUAAUGAAAAAGAAGAAUUACAAAGGUUAGUUGCUCAAGAAAUUAUCGAUACAAAUUCACAGCCAUUGACUAUAAAUUUUCCAUCUAUAAGUUUGGAAAGAAUUGGUCCUGGACAUACUCUUAGUCCUUUCACUUUAAAUCCACCGGAUAUGAAAGUUUUUAUCAAAACUAAUUCACCUGAUUCUGGCUGGUCUGAAAAUUAUACUGUAAAAAAUCUACUAUCUCUCAGAAUUGCUAUUGCUAAUAAUAAAUCAGAAGUAGAUAGAAGCAUGGAGUAUUUUAAAUGUUCAAUGUUAAAACCAUUAUAUAUGAGAAAAGAAUGUAAUGGAUCUUGCAUAAAGAAAUCAAUUUUAAGAUCUGACAAAUACAAAUAUUUACAAGGUAUAAGUUGCUUUGUAUGUACUAUACAAGAAGGAUAUCUUUAUCAUUUUUCAGCAACAAGUGCAAAUCCUUUAGAUGCGACUUGUUUAACGACUUAUCCAUUUACUGCACCCAUUAAUCACAUUGCACUUGAGCAUACAGUACUUCAUGCAUUGACUGAUGUUGGUUUAGAAUCUUAUACAUUACGCUUAUCACAUUAUGUGGCAAAAAUGUUAAAUGAUAUUGAUCAGUAUAAAGUAACCUGUCCAAGUAUCUCGGAACCUGUAUGUCUGAUAGGAUUGAGACCAUUUUUGGGUAUACAAAAGCUGUUACACACAAAAAGUUAUUUAGUUUUAUUAGCUAAAGCUGACAAUUCUUGGACAUUAUAUUCAUUAAUUUUACCUAAGCUGGAGACUGUAUAUUAUGACAUUCUAAAUGCUGCAAGAAGCCAUAAAUCAUCAAGUCCAAGUACAUAUAGACAUUUAUUGGGUGAGGCUCAUGCUUUAAUACGCUUAGCUAAAGAUAGUUCUUAUUAUGGUUUUGAUAAUGAUGACGAUGAUGCAACACAUAGAAAUUGGUUGAAAUUAAAAAAUUUGUACAAUCAAUCUUGUGCAUUAUUGGGAGAUUAUUAUAUACGUUCAGAAUAUGGAUCAGAUUGGGAACUAUGCAUACCUUAUUACAAAAUGUCAGGUUUAAAACCUUCUGAAGUGUUAUCGAGAAAGUCAACUCAGGAUGCACCAGGUCUUAUAACAUUUUUAACUGACAUACUGAUGAUAAUGAGAUGUGGCACUGAAGCUGAUACUUUGUUUCAAGGACACAAUAUUAUAGAAAUCAUCUGUAGAUUAAAAAAGCAAGAAUUAUUGAAAUUAAUUUUUGGAAGUGUGGUAUUGAGAGAUUAUGUGACAGAUAAGUUAAUAAAUUUACUAUUAUCAUAUGAGAUAUGUGAUCCAAUUCGUCUUGCAUUAGCUUUGCUAUAUGUACAAAAUCAAAAACAAGAUCAUGCUGAAGAAAUUCUAGAACAUGUUUCUGUACAAUGUAUUAAAAAAAUGAUUUUGGAACAUUGGGAUUUAUUAUUUGAGAUGACAGCAGUGAAAAAAAGAAGUACACUAGUCCCUACAUUUUCAGAUUUUGCCGGAAUGUUGUUACAUAAGAAAACCAUUGCAUUUGCUGAGAUACUUAUACAAAUAAUAGAAGAAGAUAGCAAUGGUUUAUCUUUACAUCAAAUCUUACAAGCCUUUUUAGAAUAUUUACCAUCUCGUGUUGGAAGAGAUGGUCACAAUGCUGCAGCAGCCUUACAAAUUUUUAUAGAAAAAUAUUUCCAUAAUUAUUUUAACAUUAAAUCGAUGAUCGAUCUAUCUGGCAUAAAUAGAAAUAAAAUAUGUUCUGAUUUUGCUAUGGUAGAAGCAUUUAAAUUAUUAGUACGUUCAUACUUGGGUAAACUGACACAAACAAAAAUGUACAAUAUUGAAAACAAAGAAUAUAAAGACAAUAUUGACAGAGAUUUUAUAUUUGCAAAAUGCAGGCCACAAUACUUAAAUAAAAUGCCUCCAUAUGCGAAGGAUUAUCAAGCUAUUUUAACUACAAAUGAUUUCAAAGAUUUCAUAAAUAUGACUGCAACAUCUGAUACAGGGAAAACCAUUCAUCCUGAAUUGUUCAAAUUACAAUGUGUGCUAUCAUAUGAAUUUAUACCGCUUGAAUGUUUACAAGAAGUAAAACAAUUUCUUGAAUCUCAAAAUAUUGAUGGCAGUUUAUCACUUAAAACUUUAUAUAUACAAGAUACUGAAGAAGUAACAUUAAUUUUAAUGGAUAAUUGUCCUCAAGCAAUUUUACAAUACGCAAAGGAUAAAUAUAUGAAAGAAGUAGAGUGGAAAUAUCUCAUCGAGUUAUUACAGAGUAGAAUUUCUACAUAUACUGAACAAACAGAAUUACAUUGUUUAUAUAGUGAAAUCAUGAAGGAAACUUUACAUCAUUUACCACACGUUUUACCUUUGAAAAGUCUACAUCAUAUUUUACCAAAAGAUAAUGCAAUGGCUUUUCAAAAAUGUACUGAAAUGUGUACUCAGAUUAUGCAUGCAGAUCAUGUGAAAUCAUUAAUAAUAGAAACUAGCCAACAAUUAUUAUCAACUUUAAAGUUGUAAAAUCAUCUUAGGUAAUUUUACUUAUAAAUCACAUAUAGAGAAAUAAAUAAAUUUGAAGAGGCAUAUAACAAUUAUUAAAGGAAUUAGAAAGUUAUAUAUGAUAUUACAUAAUAUAAUAAAGUACACUUUUAAAUAUU